ACGGCUGCGAGGGAGACUAACGAAGGAGUGACUUUGCAGGAAAACCGACAAUCUUUCAGAAGGAUAAAGUUACGACCACGAAUGCUACGAAAUGUUUCUGAACAAGACCUCUCUGUUACGGUUCUGGGUCACAAGCUGAGCAUGCCAAUUUGUGUGGCACCUACUGGUUAUCAAGCGAUGGCGCAUCCAGACGGGGAACUGGCCACUGUCAGAGCGGUGAAGUCACAAGAUACAGCCAUGGGAGUAAGCAUAUUCACCACCACUAGUCUCGAGGAUAUUGCGCAGGAGUGUCCACACACGAUCAAAUUUAUGCAAGUACAGUUUUUCAGUGAUCGGCAUUUAAUGGCACAAGCGGUAAAACGGGCUGAAAAAGCAGGCUACAAAGCAAUUUUAUUGACAGUUGAUACCCCAGUGUACAGUAGACGUAAAUCCACUGGCAGGCGGAAUUUUCGGGUUCCGAAUCAUCUGAAGUGUGCUAAUUUUCAAUCUUUACAGCAGGAGAAAGGGCUAAGAACUAACGAGGAGGUUGAUGACUUUAUAAGCACUAUAUGCGACGGCAGUGUCGACUGGGGAACAUUUGAUUGGCUGCGUUCGACUACGUCACUUCCGUUUGUUCUCAAAGGAAUACUGACUUCAGAAGAUGCUCGUCUCGCGGUGCAACAUGGAGCUCAAGGGAUUAUGGUAUCUAAUCAUGGAGGACGACAUUUGGAUGGUGUCUCUGCCACAAUUGACGUGUUACCUGAAAUAGUGGAAGCCGUACGUGGAACUGGGGUCGAAGUUUACUUGGACGGUGGCGUGAGACUAGGCACUGAUGUUCUGAAGGCCCUUGCUUUAGGGGCUCGAGCGGUGUUUGUUGGCAGGCCAGUUAUCUGAGGACUGGUAUAUAAGGGAGAGCAGGGUGUUACUAAAGUCCUUCAGAUGCUAAGAGAUGAUUUUAGAGUGGCCAUGGCUCUGGCAGGUUGUGCGUCUCUCAAGGACAUUAUCCCAGCCUUGGUAACGAAACGAGCAAGUCAUCUGUGAACGGAUUAGCUUGAGGAAUUCGAUCAUUUGAAAAUCCACCACCGCAUUUGUUACAACGCAAACAUUAUGAACUGCUUCUCUUAGUUAGUCAAAACUUUCUUACUAAUCAUCUUAACACGACGAAAUAGUAACGAAUGACAUCAUUUGAAAUAAAAAAAGAGUAAUAGUACAAAGCAGCGCAAUUAUACGUAAAGAAUAAAACGAAAACAACGCGUUAAGAGCAUAAUGCAACGCAAUCAGAGCACAUCACCUGAUACCCGAUUAAUAUUUUCGUUCAAGAAACAUCAACCGUUUAGAUAGAUAUGAGAUAGAUAGAUAGAGAGAUAGAUAGUUUAUUUGUAAAAAGCUUGCAGCCACUGAGCUGAAUUGAGUAUUUACAAUAAAGUAUAAAAUAUAACUUA